CACAGCGAACAAGCGAGAAACCACCCUGCUGUACGCCCACAGAGACAGAUAUAGGAAGAAAGGCAAAGAGAAUGACAAGAGGGAUCGAUAUACUGCGUUUGGUUCACCGUUUAUCAUGAGGCCGAUCAGAGAAGGGGAGGCGCUGGUGGGGGUCGCCGGGGCUCCGGCGGCGGCCGUCGGCCACGGCCCGCACCCGGGGUUCUGGAGGACGCCCACGCCGUACCUCUUCCUCGGCUUCGCGCUCAUGAUGGGGCUCAUCGCCGUGGCGCUGCUCGUGCUCGUCUGCACGCGCCGCAAGCCGUCCGGGUCGUCGCGCCGCGGGAGGAGCGCCGGCGAGGACGCGUCGGCCCGCGGGAUGGAGCCGCUCGACAGGGAGCCCAAGGUCGUCGUCAUCAUGGCCGGCGACCACAUGCCGUCCUUCCUCGCCAGCGCCAGGCCCUUCGCGUUCCCUGAUGCCGUGAACGCCGCCGACGCGGCCUAGGCGCGGCGCGGCGCGCGCACCCGUGUACCCCCCUGCGCGGCAGGACGCGGGACCAAUUUUGAUCGUCAGAUUUUGUCCUAGGAUUUCCCCUGCGUGGUCUGUCUGUAGAAGUAGUGAGCAGAGAAGACAGAGCUGUAGUUUGCGUUUCUUGGUGAGGUGAGGCGAGCGGCGGGCAUGGCGUCAGCGCCCGGCGGCGAAUGUUGAGAUCUGUGAAAGAGAAUGGAAUUUUGGCUUGCAUCUUCAAUAAACGCUCGCUUGGCUGCUCUCCAGUUGAAA